AUGGCCGUGGCUGGUGGUUGUUUGCAAUCUUCCGCCUGUGGUGGUUCAAUAAGCGCGCUUCCGGUGCCCCGUGGGCAGAUUUGGAAUGCUCCCACACAGUGCACGUUGAGGAUCGCGAGAACGAUUGUGAGAAAUGGGGUCCAGUUUACGGUGUUGAUCCCCCUACCCCUUUGGUUUCUGUUUCCCAUAGGUUGUUGUCUUCGAUCCCUUGUCGGUCUCGGCGGCUCUUGUGUGCGUGCUUGCGCUUGCCUAUCGCGGAAGUUCUGGCGAUUUUGAGGAUUCAUUGGGCGACGAUUAUUUUGAAAUCCGAAUUGCCGGUUUCUGUUCGGUUCAAACGGGCGUUGUGGCCAGAAAUUUGGAUUUCUUCUGGGUUGGGUGUUUUGACUCCACCUUGGGUUAUACGGUGGACGCGCUUGGUCGUUGGGUAGCCAAUUUGAUCCUUCCGCUCUUUCAAUGCGGAUGGAGUUUAUCCCUUCGGCCAGGUCUUCAAUUCUCUCACCCAGUCGUUCGAUUGCGGCCACAUUUGGCUCCUCUUCUAUCUGUGUUAGGUGUUCGGCGGUGUCUUAAGCGAUCUCGAGGAGCUCUGUUAUGUCCGUAA